AUGACUAUUGCUCUUACAAGCGCAACAGGCAAGCUGGGAGGUGCCGUCUUGAACGCAAUUCUCGAGAACAACCUUAUCGACCCCAAAGAGCUCAUAGUCUGCACUUCGACAGACCCUGAAGACCCGCGCUUCGACUACCUCCGCUCCCAAUCUAUCACUAUCCGCCAAGCGAACUUCGACGACCCCUCCUCACUCAAGCGCGCGUACGCAGGAUGCAACAAGCUCUUCCUUGUCUCUACGCCACGCAUAGAAAUGGAUUAUAACAAUGCACCACUUUGGCAAGGUCGUGAGAGGCACCACCGCGCUGCUAUCGAUGCCGCGCUCGAGGCCGGCGUGAAGCACGUCUACUACACAUCUCUUGGCUUCAGCAACCCAAGCAAAGCAGGCGUGAUGCGCGCGCAUAUUCGAACUGAGAGAUACUUGAAGGAUCUGGAGAAAGAGAACAAGGUCAAGGUCACGAUUAUCAGGGAGGGGCUAUACAACGAGUCCUGGCCUUUGUACUUCGGGUACUAUUUCGGUCUGAAAGACGAGACAAGAAAGGAAGUCAUAGUCGCGGGCGACGGACCAAUUAGCUGGACAUCCAUUCCAGACAUGGCCUAUGGAACUGCGAAAAUACUCGCGGCGCCGAGCGAAGAGUGGAGCGGUAAGACGUUCUAUCUCAGUCAGAAGAAGACAUGGACACUGCAGGAUAUCGCAAAGCUUGUCAGCAAAGUCAAAGGAGAGGAAAUAAAGCUGAAGAUUGUAAGCAGGAAAGAGUAUGAGGACUACUAUGCAGAGAAAGGUACAGAGAGGGCGAGCGUAGAGUGGUGGAGCAGCUCGUAUGAUGCGCUGAAAGACGGGGAGUGUGCGAUUGAGGAUUACACGCUCGAGGGGCUGCUGAAAGAUGCCAAUAGAAGGCCGAAGCGGCUUGAGGAGACGAUUGAAGAGAUGAUGAAGUAG